UUCGUAUAGAUGUCACAGUGGCAAUACGUUCAUGCUGCGGAUUAAUAAAGACUUGGACUAAAUCAGAGCCGGGCGAUCCCGUUCUCAUCGUCAAAGGAUGGCUGCGCGUUUCCCUUCGCCAGGUUAAUCCUACCCAUCCCUUUUAUCGUAAAUAUCUCCCCUGUCGCGACUACGCUACUCAUGAUGUACAGCCGGUGGUGGAGAAUGAGAAGUAUGAAGUGGACGUGGAAGUGUGGCCGACCAACACAGUACUCGAAUGAGAAACUCGUUCUAGAGAUUGCUGGUCAUGAUACUCAAGGCGUGGGCAAGUUCUCUCACGAACAUCCUGAAGACCGUGAUCCGAAGAUCUUUGAUGGUCUGAAUACUGUGGACGUGGGACAAGAGGCUUGCUGGCCAUUGCUGUCUGUUAUUCUGGUGCGUUAAGGUGGAGUUCUUUUUGUAUUCAUUCAUUCUAUUUAGGAUACACCUUCUAUUAUAAUAUGAUCUGUGG